AUGGCUUCCUCUCUUCACUCAAAUCUCACUUUUCUUCAUCCCUUUCUGAAACCCAAUCCAAUCACCACCCAGCCAACCAACUUCCAUCAUAUUCCCAUACAGUGCGGCCCACGAAGCAACCGUGGACCUCUAGUCAAAGGCAGAAUCCUAAGCACAGAAGCAAUCCAAGCCAUCCAAUCCCUAAAAUGUGCCCAAAAAACAAACUCACUGAGCCCCUCCUACCCCUCCCUCUCUCGCCUCCUCAAGGCCGACCUCCUCGCCGUCCUCCAUGAGCUCCUCCGCCAGGGAGAGUGCGCCGUCGCCCUCCACGUCUUCUCCGUCAUCCGGGCACAAUACCCGGAUGAGGACUUGGGUUUACUCGUAGAUAUGAUCAGUGCGCUGGGUAAGAAUGGGAUGGGGGAUGAGAUUGACCAUCUGAUUGACGAGUUGGAGGAGAUCGACGGUGGUGAUGAAAAGGGUCUUCUGAGAGUGAUUAAGGGUGUGAUUGAAACCGGGUCGAAGUCAUCAACGUUUAGGAUAUGUGAGGUGAUGAAAAGAGGUGGGGUGGGGUCUAGUUGGAAAGUUGAUGAGUAUGUGGGUAAGGUUUUGACUUUUGAGUAG